GACGCUGUAAGUGAAAGCAAAAGCAUGUUUGUUCCUUUUCUAAAUACAAAAAAAAAAUCACAUUAUCUGCCAUAAAGCAAAGCCUUGAGAAGAGAGAAGCUAGAAGCAGCCAUAUCCGCAAAUCCCACUGCAAACAAAAAGGAGGGAUCCCAGCUGCGUAAGCAGAAAGGUUUUACAGCAUUGCCUGCCACCAGCCUUUGCGUAACCAUCUGCCCGCCCCAGUGUUGCACCUUUCACUCCACUCCCCGAGGCCUCGCAGCUCCCAGUGGCCCUAGCUCCAGCUCACUGCAGGGCUCUCUCCUGCCGGCUCAGUCCUCCCCAGCAGCUGCAUGCCUCUGGCCAGCUGCGUAGCAUCACAGGAGCUGCAGCCAUGGAGAGCCUGAGCAACGCCAACGGCAGGUUCGCAAUUGAUCUCUUCAGAAGGGUUAAUGAGACCAACCCAUCAGGAAAUGUUUUCUUCUCUCCUCUCAGUAUUUCUGCUGCUCUGGCCAUGGUCCUUCUCGGGUCCAGAGGUAAUACGGAGGCACAGGUCCUGAAGACAUUUCAUUUCGAUGAAGUUCAAAAUAUUCACUCAAGAUUCCGGGCUCUGACCGCAGAUAUAAACAGGAGGGAUUCUUCCUGUCUCCUACGGAUUGCCAAUCGGCUUUUUGGAGAGAAGUCCUACAGCUUUCUGCCGGACUUCCUGACUAACACUCAGAAGUUAUAUGGAGCUGAUUUGGCUGCAGUUGAUUUUCUUCAGGCUUAUGGUGAAGCCCGGAAAGAAAUUAACCAGUGGGUAGAGGAGAAAACUGAAGGUAAAAUCCCUGAUCUGCUGUCUGAAGGCUCAGUUAAUAGCAUGACCAAGCUGGUACUGGUAAACGCUAUUUAUUUCAAAGGGAACUGGGCAGAGAAAUUUGAGGAAGCCAACACUGCUGACACGCCAUUUCGGUUGAAUAAGAAUGAAAGAAAGACAGUGAAAAUGAUGUAUCAGAAAAAGAAAUUUCGUUUUGGGUACAUUUCUGACAUGAAUACCCGCGUUUUGGAGCUGCCUUAUGAUGAAAGAGAAUUUAGCAUGAUCAUCCUAUUGCCUGAUGAUAUUGAAGAUGACUCCACUGGACUGCAGAAGCUGGAAAAGCAGCUCACCUUUGAGAAGCUCCAGGAGUGGACGUGUCCAGAGCAUCUCUAUUCCACUGAUGUCCAUGUACAUUUGCCAAAAUUUGUACUAGAAGAAAGCUAUGACCUUAAAUCAGAUUUAGCAGCUAUGGGCUUGUUGGACAUAUUUGACAGUGCCAAGGCUGAUUUGUCAGGAAUGUCAGGGGCACAUGACCUUUUCCUCUCUAAAAUUGUCCACAAGGCUUUUGUGGAAGUGAAUGAGGAAGGCACAGAAGCCGCAGCUGCUACUGCUGGCAUUGCAAUGCUUUGCAUGGCUAUAGAAGAGAAUUUCAAUGCUGACCAUCCUUUCCUUUUCUUUAUUCGCCACAACCCAACACAAAGCAUACUUUUCUUUGGCAGAUAUGCUUCUCCUUGAAAAAUAACCUGUCCUUUGCAGAGCAGUUUCUGCUGCAAUCAGCAAAUGCUUUGCUUAUGAGUAAAUUGAAUUUUGUCAUAGAAAGUUAUGGUUCCUGUCUUGAGCUCUCAGCAACUGUCACUAUGACUCUGAUUUUCACAUUAAAACAAUCAGAGAAAAUGGAUUAGUAAUUUUUUUGCCCUGGAGAUUCAAAGUUCCUUUACUUACUAAGGAAGUAAAUAAGAAAAUCUUAACUGUAGGCAGAAGAGAUCUUUUGAAAUUCAACUAGCAAUAGAAAUAUUCUUGGAAGAAACUUGAACUCUUAGGAUGCCCAAUCACCCUCUCUUUGUACAGAUUUCUCCGUAUAUACAGCUAAGGCUGACAACCUCCUGAUACAAGAACUUAAGCGUUGACUGGUCUAGUCAUUCCUUAUGCAUGUGUACUAGGAUGUAGUUGGAAAGCUAUUUCUUCCCUAAAGCCUUGCUCUUCAAGUAUAUAUUAAUAUCAAAAUAAAGAUACACUGAUACUUCUAGGCACCAAAAGGCAUGCUCCAGAACAGCUGAGUUUACCCAGUUCUGUCAUGCAAUAGAAGGUCAGAUAACAUUUGUUUGGAGACAUCUAUUAAUAGACAAAGGAUUAAGCUAUUUAAACAAAAGUAAUCCCUUCCAGCCAUUAGCCAGAAAACUUGCAAUAGAGCUUUUAAAUGAGGAAGAAGAGGAAUUAGUGUCUUUAGGUGACAUGUUUAAAGAGAAGUUUUCAAAUAUGGAAUUUUGUGCUAUUUUAGUUAUUGUAAAGUGUGAGUAUUUCUGCAUGUUUAGGCAUUUUCAGUAGGGUAUAGCUUCUGGCUAGAAGCUAUGCGAGCCUCAAAAAACUUCCCAGCUUCCCAGAAGAUGACUGCCUAUAACCUGCAACAAGAACUCUAUUUUUCCUUCAUGUGCAAGAAGAAAGAUUUACUGAGCUCUGACCUCCACUACCUGUUUAUGCACAAUAUAAAGACUUGUGUAACAGCCUAAGAACCACUGUAAUUACAUACUGUUAAUAUUCUGUUUAUUUCUGAAUGUCACUUGCCUGUGUUGUGUAUAUUCUGGAUACUGUUUGGUAUGUUUACCCACACAACCUCAGCUUUAAGUAGGCCACAAUCACUUACGCGAUUGCAAAGUGCAUACUAAUUUUGUCACUAAGCACCAAAUAAAGAGUUUUUCUUAA